CGGGUCAGUGGCCCUUUGAGCCUCUUGAGGAUCAUGCCACCUCUCCUCCACCAUCUUCAGGAAGUCCUCCAAUUUCUGGGAGGCCGCCCAAGCGCGGAAGUCAUGACUGUAUCCUUGAAGUUGUACGAGACCACUCAACCAUCUCGCUGCACUACCCUCAAGGAUCAGGACGUGGGAGACGUGUAUGCUGGGGCAACCUAUCAGAAGAUUUCCGCACAUGGUGGAUCUGUUGAUUAUGCUGAUCACCAGGAUGUACAGUACUCAGCACAGGUUAUCAAUCAGCCUACCAAAUUUGUGAUCCCAGCAUCAGACAGAGGAGCACUGCAAUCUGUGCAACUAGAGUAUCCAAGAACGAGAAUGGGCGUUACGAGGUACGAUGUAAAACAUGCGGGUGAAUUCAAGCUGUAAGGAAACGACUCACUGAGCUGGCGCUGCUUUGAAAUUGCUGCCGUUUUGAAGAUCGUCAUCGAAGGACACAAUAAACGAGGAGGGAGGCUCUGAGGAGGAGAGAACAGGGGCGGGGGGACAGUGCGAGACAUGCGGGGAGUCUCGAUGAAGGUAGAGGUUCUUCUGGGCUAUCAUUUUCCCGGGCUUGCGAAAUUGGGUCGAUGUUUGUUUCAGUCGGCUUCUCGCGAGGACCUACUGACGUUCGACUCUGACUUUGACUUGGCGCUUACGGUUCCAAUCCUGUGUGCCAGUGUGAUCGUACGCGAGCGCUGUCUUUGUGGACAGAGAACUUCGUUAUCGCUUCUACUCUCCUCCUCUUCUCUUUCUGGAUCUGGAUUAGGAGCUGUUUUCUCGUCCUAGUUUAAGGUAGCAGCAUUUUUCUGACAUUUGCUCAUAGUACUAGGAAUACUGACAAAGUUCGUUCCUCUAUUACUACGUCUGUGUUCGGCUUUGCGACAAAGGUCGUUGGAUUUUGCCUCUGCUGAAGGCGGCGUGAUUUCUUUGGCUGUCUAGCGUUCUCACUACUUUUCAGCUGAGGCUUUUCUCGAAAGCGGAGAUGAGCUGCAGUAGUAGAUAUACCCUUCGCCUUGAUCAGGAGCGUGUAAUCUUGGUGGUAUGGAGCUUGACCUCCCCCUACCCACCACUUCUCCCAGGUCUCCCUGCUCUCCUUGCCACGGAAAUCCUCGAUGCCUCUAAAAGAUCUUGAGUGGAAGGAGUUCAUUCCAUGUGAUUUUAAAGGCUAGAUAUAAUUCUCCUUUACGAUCUGCGGGCUGUUGUUUUUCGGUAGCGUUGGGCGGCAUCGCAGACUUCCUUGAGUUGCAUCGCAAGAGGACAGUUUGCCCGAUGCUGUGCCAACUCCUUCAGCACUAGUGCUCACAGUUGCGCUUCCGCUUGCGGCUGGCUGUACGCUAGAAUAGCAGUUCACUUGCACUGUGGCGCAUUGUGUUUGUUCACAGUCCGCCAUUGGCGAUAGAUUAUGCGGGAGCUUUUUUGUCGGUCAUGUAUCGACACUCCUUUGCAAAUGAAUGGUCAUCCAUCCGUUUGUGCUCGCAUGGCGGCCCUCGUCGCAUUUCGGUCCCUCGUCGCACCAACUUUCGUGUCUGCAUUGUUGAGUAGACAUUGCAGUAGCGUUUGUUGCGGCUGAUGGAAGCAGUGUUUGCAGCUCCCGCAGCGCUCCCCACAACUUGUACCGUCGCAGCGCAGUUGCCACACAGCAUGUGGUUGGGUCGAUCAGUAACCCUGUCCCGUCCGAGAAGCCUACCUCGAGAUUAUCGGCCUAGGCACAAACGCCUGUGUGGCGAGUCCUCUCAGCACGGCAUCCGGUGGCUGCUGUUCGGAGAAACUUGCGUGAAAGCCAUCUACCAUAGCAGUAUAUUGCGAUGGUCGAGACUUCAAAAUGUUCUGCUUGCUGUAGACAGAGAAGCAGGUGUGUGAGAAUCCUCUCGAACCGGCUACAAAUUACGUUUUUCACUUUUUUGUAAUGGUUGUUGAGGUGGGGUAUAUAUAGGUAGAGGACGGAAUGUUUUGCAGCUGUGUGCAUUUUUCGUCAUCAGCAGCUGAGGGUGUGGGAGGGAGGAGGCAAUGAAUGAUGUGUUUGGAGGCAGUUCGCCGGACUUUGGAGGGAAUGGGUUUGAUGAAUGAGAAGCGAGGGUAUGUUGGGUUCGAAGGUCGGCGUAGACUCUGUAGGGACCACAGUGAGAUAUCCUGACUUGGCUAAUGACGGAGUGCAAUCGGUAGCUUAGCAUCGGGGGAGUUGAGUUCUUCCCUUCAGGAAGUGAUGAUGAUUGGUUUUAGUGAGAGGCUUCAGAUGCGGUGGUGCUUGUUGCUUCUUCGCUUGAAGAGGCAAUCGAAGAGAAGGGCUCUCGUCCUCUUCCUUCUGAAUGAAGACUUGGUGUCUUCGGUGCAGGGCAGUUAGAAAGUAUGGUAUGUCCUUUUGCUGGACUUCACAAUAUGUURCUUUCUGGUUUUGAAAUAUGAUUACUUGCCAUGAAGGCGUGUGGCGGCCAAGGUGAGGAAAAGUGACGGGUGAGAAGGGGGGUGAGGGGGAUUGAAAAUUUACGAAGAUUCAAGUCAUCACUGCAAACACAACUCAUUCGUUAAGGACGUGCUGGGAUCGCUGUUUACGGGAUCUUUGUUUGGUGCAUAUGAGUCCUUGUGGGGAAUGGUUGCCUGUGACAACAAACCUGAAGAAAAUUG